CGCGCUACCCGGGCGGUAUUAUGCCGGCGCGCCGGGCGCGCAGUGCACGUGCCGCGAGCUCGCCGCGCGCGCCUCCCGCCGCCGCUGAUCACAGCCCACCACGCGCGCCCCCUAACGCACGCGACUAGACUCCGCUCACAUCUACCGGAAUGUAAAUAUUUAUGGAUGUCAGUUUUCAGUUGUUUAGAUUGGCUGUGAAUUUUAAGGUGAAAAUGAAAUCGACAAGGCGUGUUCGGGUACAUGAGGAUGCAAUACGACAUAGUGAAAGUAAGCGUGGCGGCGCGGGCGACCGGCUGGCGACGCCGCGGAUGUCGCUGCUUGGCAAGCCACUCAGCUACCGCGCCACGCGACGCGACGCGCGCUACCGCCGCUUGCAGUCCAAGUUCUACAACUUUCUCGAACGGCCUAGAGGUUUUAAGGCCGUCCUCUAUCAUAUGAUUGUGUUCCUGAUGGUGUUCAUGUGCUUAUCGCUGUCAGUUUUCUCCACAAUCGAGGAAUACGAAGCUAAAGCUGGAAUCGUGUUGUUCUACAUGGAGACUGUAGUUGUCAUCUGGUUCGCGAUAGAAUUUUUCUUACGGUUGUGGUCAUCAGGAUGCAGGUCUCGAUACCAAGGCUCAAUGGGCCGCCUCAAAUUUUUGAGGCGGCCGUUCUGCAUUAUAGAUGUAACGACAAUCUUAGCAUCGCUGGUGGUGCUUGGCAUGGGCUCAUCAGGGCAGGUGUUCGCGGCGUCGGCGCUGCGCGGACUGCGCUUCUUCCAGAUCUUGCGCAUGGUGCGCAUGGAUCGCCGUGGCGGGACAUGGAAAUUGCUCGGCUCCGUUGUCUACGCGCAUCGACAGGAGUUAAUAACAACGUUGUACAUAGGAUUCCUCGGGCUGAUAUUUGCCUCGUUUUUGGUUUACUUAGCGGAAAAGGAUGUCACUGACACAAAAUUUAAGAACUUCGCUGAAGCGUUGUGGUGGGGUGUGAUCACACUGUGCACGGUGGGGUACGGCGAUAUGGUGCCGCAGACGUGGCAAGGCAAGUUCAUUGCCUCUUUCUGCGCGCUCCUGGGGAUCUCGUUCUUCGCGCUUCCCGCUGGUAUCCUAGGUUCAGGGUUUGCCUUGAAAGUUCAGCAGCAACAGCGGCAGAAACACAUGAUCAGGAGACGACAGCCAGCCGCCACUCUCAUCCAGGCGUUGUGGAGGUGUUACGCAGCGGAUGAGCACUCUAUGAGCAUCGCCACCUGGAAGAUACAUCAGGUUCCGUUGCCUAGCCCCCAAACAAGUCGAGUGAUGAGUGCAUCGUUCAAGAACAAUGCAUCUUUUGUAUCGCGACUGCCAACAAUUCGGCGACACAAGAGCACGUCUCUGCACUCUCCUGCACCGCACUCCAAACCAGCGCAUCAUCGGUACGACGUCAACGCUAGUGCAGAAAAUCUUGGCGCGAGGAACGGGCGCACCGGGCGCACCAGGCCCAUCAACCCUUCGCACAGCGAGGACUCGGUGGCCGAGACGGCGCUCUCCAAGAAAAACUCCGAUGAUGAGGACGAGGAGCCGCGCUGUGUGACGCUCACGCCACGACACAAAGCUGCCAUUCGAUUUAUAAGAAAGAUGAAGUAUUUUGUGGCACGUCGUAAAUUUAAAGAAGCUCUUAAGCCGUACGACGUAAAGGACGUUAUAGAACAAUAUUCCGCGGGCCACGUGGACCUUCUGGGACGAGUGAAAAAUGUUCAAACUAGGUUAGACCAAAUACUUGGAAAACAAGGAUCGAAAGCUAAAGACGUCUAUGCAUCAAAAAUCAGCCUCGCUUCCAGAGUAGUUAAAAUUGAAAGACAAGUAGAUGAUAUAGAAAGUAAGUUGGAUCAUUUAUUAGAGUUGUAUGAAGAAGAUAGAAGAGUUCAAAGAAAAAUAGGUAGUGGGGCCAAUGGGGGUGGAGGAAGUGGUACAUCCGGGGACGGUACGCUGGCACUACGCGCACGGACGGCGCUUGUGGAGAAGCAGUGUUCGGAGCCCAACUCGCCGGUAUCACGGUCCUACGAGCAGCCGACGCCCUCGUCGGCGCUGCCGAUGCCACACAAGCGACCCAUGAAUAGGGGCUACUCAGAUCUAGGGGCACGAUUUAUGCGCAAAAAAGUGAUAGUCAAAACGUCAACAAGUCGAAACGGUGAGUCACCUCGAGACGAUGAAGUAGUAAUUGUAGUACCGACUGACCGCGAGGACACGCCGCCUCGACUAGUGACGGACAGCUCAGAGGUUUGCGCGAGUUGUUCAGUGGAGGUAGAGACGGAAGCGGAAGCGGGUGGGUCGCGGUCUGGUAGCUCGGGGAGCGCCUCGUGGUGCGAGGGCGAGGCGGAGUGCGGCGAAGAACGCGGCUACGGUUCCGGCGACUCGCUGGCGGAAGACGCGGCGCUGUUGGGCGACGCUGCACACCCCGCCCAGCCAAGAAUCGUGCGCAACCCUCGCCGCGAUGUCGCCGUCGACUUGCACCUACUGCGGCCCGAUGUUUGAGUGCUGGUUCUUCUAUUUCCUGGACAUUCCGCCGUUCGCCUUUGCUUCCUUCACAUCUACUGCUAGUGAUUUAAAGGUUCCGAUCACGAAAAGUGAACGAAAGACAAUUACACCACCAUUGGAACCAUUUAACUCGGCGAACGCCUUCGUCCCAUUCGCACAAUUUAAUAAACUAUUAUGCGAUAAGAGCAUUGUCCACACCUUCACAUUUCAUUUUAGAUAGAAGCUUAAAAUGUAAAAAUCAGAUCAUAAGUACCAUUAGUCUAGCGCGAUGGAAUACAUAAAUAAUUGAAGUACAUACUCGUGCAACUCCAAUCAAUAAAAUAUACAACAACGAGUAGGUAAAUACUGUGGUAAACAAGUGUCGUCGAUUCCACUCGUUACAAAUAAAGACUAAAGACUCAAGUAUGUGUAUCGUGAAACUAGCCACAGUUG